AUGGACGCUGAAGGCGUACCAGAAGAUCAUGGAUCGAUGGGUCACCGACCUCCGCCAACGCUGACUGAUGAUCUGUGUCGUCAACAGCUUCACGUCGAGCGUCUCUUGGCGCGACGUUGUCACCAGGGUCACACCCAGUAUCUGGUAAAGUGGAGGGGGUACCCUCAGUCGUAUGACUCAUGGGAGUACGAGGUACCCCUCCGUCAAGACUGCCCGGACGUCGUCGAAGCUUUUGAUCAGGGAAGAUCAGAAGCGGCGACAGCAGUCGACAGGUGCUUCUCAGAGCUAAGUGCUGUGGAAGCAAGGUCAGUAGGGGGCUGCGCCUCAUCCAUGAUGAGACGACGCAAUGGCUCUAGAGCAGGAACGCAAGCGUGUAACGCUUUGGCUGUAUUGGAGCGCAAAGUGAAAGGACUUAAGAUGCUCAAGGAGCAAAUGAUUUAA